AAUGGUAAUAAAAUAUUGGAGGACAUACUAUUUGCCGUGUUGAACACAACUCAACUUAUCAACUUGUGGUACUAUUUGGACUGAUGUAGUCAAUUAGUAAUUUGACAAUGAGCAGUAAACCAUCAGAAAGUUGGCUUACUAGCUUCUUUUGUCGUGAUAUGUUUCGCCCCUAUGAACUUACCCUCUUUUCUCUUUUCUUCCCCAGAGUACUAUCUUCAUUCCCACCAUAGAACCUAACCAAGAAGUGUCUUACCCUCCUGGGUUCUUCGCGGCUACGGCGACUGAGAACGCAAAACACUAUAUCAAGUACAACAUGAACCCUGAACAAGAAAUGAACUUCAACGACUUUGUCUAUUUUCAUAGCCAAAAUGGAAAAUUGGCCUUGCAUGUCGUUGAAUAUAAUAUUCUGAUGAAAAUUGUCGCCAACCCUAAAGAAGAGCAACACCGCAUGGACAAAUUAAUGAUGGUCAAUGAGGCUAGUGAGAUUUAUCCAGCUUACUUACCCAAUAUUGUUGAUGUCGUUGGUAAGCCGGAGGUGCAAGCUGCCAUUCGUGAGCUGGAAAUGGAUGAUUAUGUCGAGUACGAGGGUACAACCAAAAUCAUUCCGAAAUUGAUGGUGGAGAAGAUAGACUUGAAGCCAAUAAUACCAACAAGUGGCCAUAUAUACUCCCUUGGAGUGGCUGGCUUCAGCACGGAAUUCGGCAGCUACACGGAUCAUAUUCUGUUCUUGUGAGGUCUCCUAUCACGGAGAUCAAUUAUUCCGUGUUUAGGGACCAGUUCAUCGAAGACGACCUGACAAGCCAUUACCAAGCUGUCAAACUUCAUCCGGAGCUAGAGCUAACAAGAAAAAACUGGACAUUGGAGCUACUGUUGUGCUUUGGAAUGGCCGUAGGAUCACCUGACCUUAUUUUGUCGACCACUUAGAAGAAAUUGUUGCAACCCAUAACCUAAUUCUGAUGAUAGUGACAGAGGUGGGGACAACAUCCACGAAUUGCGAAAGGAUUCUAGCAAAACUAGGCACAACUAUGUCCUGGCGAUUUGACGCGGGUGGAGGUUUGCUUGGAGGGAUCGUGGUUUUCUGGGAUCCUCAUAGGGUGGAUUUGACGAUGCUCACAGUUAAUGCAUUUGAGGUUGAACUCCCUCAAUGAUGUUUAAAAAAUAAAAUUAUUAGGUUACUUAAUUAACUCACUAAUCCUUUAAUUUGAAUGUUCAAAAGAAGUUUCUAGUUACUGUGAAGACUGGUACCAAGUGCAUAAAGUACUGCUUGUUAAUGGUGAAGGAUGUUGUGUCCAGUUAGAAUAUCUGUAUUGCUACUCGUAUUAAUAUAUGUAAAAUAACGUGUAAUAGGAGACUCAUGGGAUUGUAGGACUAUGGUUUGUGUUGUUUAAACUUGAUCGGUUUGUGUUGUAUAAACUUGAUCGUAUCUUGAAUUUGAAGCGUACUAUGUUAUGUAUUAAUGUGUUAUGUAUUAGGACCUAAUUGAAGACUCCACCUUGAUGUAAUGAUAUUUUUAAUUUUAUGAUGGA